AUGACUUUGAGUUUCUCUGUAGAUAUUGCUGAGACAGCAAUGCAAGAUAAUUGUUUUGAGGGGCUGGAUAAUCUUAUCUUCACUCAAUUUGUUAAAUGCUCCAUUGGCUUAAAAGGUGAGAGUGUGAGACUCAUGACAAUAUUCUCAAUUCAAAAAUCCAUCUUUCAAUCCCAUAAGUUUUUGAACUCAUUGAACUUCUAUCUUGGGUCUAGUACAUUAUCUAAAGAGACAAAAAAUGUUAUAAAAGAUUGUUUAUUCCUCUCUCAACUCACUUCACAAUACUUGUCAAAAUCCAAUUACAUUGCACUCAAAAACACUAAUGAAACUUUCUACACUUCCCAAGUUGAUGAUACUCAAACCCUUCUUAGUGCAGUUAUAACAAACCAUCAAACAUGUUUAGAUGGACUAAUGACCGUGGCUAAUUCCAAUUUAACCAUAAAAAAUUAUCUUAUUAGCCAACUCUCUAAUGAUAACAAACUCCAUAGUGUUUCACUUGGUUUGUUCACAAAAGGUUGGAUGCAUGAAAAAAAGAACAAGACAUUAUGGAAUUCUAGAGGGUGGCAUUCUAGUAAUUUCAGAAAUGGUAGAUUACCUUUGAAGAUGUCAAAUAGAACAAGAGCCAUUUAUGAUUCAUCAAGAGGCAGAGGAAAAAAACAUGAUGAUGAUUAUGAUGGUGAUGAUGAUGAUGAAGGUGGUGUUUUGGUUAGGGACAUUGUUGUUGUUAGUAAAGAUGGGAGUGGAAACUUUACAACUAUCAAUGAUGCUGUUGCUGCUGCUCCAAAUAACACUAUUAAUGCAACAAAUGGAUAUUUCUUGAUUUUUAUCAAGGAGGGUAUCUAUGAGGAAUAUGUGUCUAUCCCUCAAAACAAGGCAUAUUUGAUGAUGAUCGGAGACGGAAUCAAUCAAACAGUUAUCACCGGCAACCACAGUGUUGGUGACGGAUGGACAACGUUUAAUUCCCCAACAUUUGCUGUGGUAGCACCGGGGUUUGUAGCCGUUAACAUAACAUUUCGGAACACCGCUGGACCGAGCAAAUUCCAAGCAGUUGCAAUGAGAAGUGGAGCAGACAUGUCCGCUUUCUAUCGUUGCAGCUUUGAAGGGUACCAAGAUACUCUCUAUACACAUUCACUAAGACAAUUUUAUAAAGAAUGUGAUAUUUAUGGAACAAUUGAUUUCAUAUUUGGAAACGCCGCAGUUGUUUUGCAAAACUGCAACAUAUAUCCUCGUCUUCCUUUACCAGGACAGUUCAAUCCGAUUACUGCUCAAGGACGAACCGAUCCAAAUCAAAACACAGGUAUUUCCAUUCACAAUUGCACUAUUAAACCAGCUGAAGAUUUAGUUCCAAGUGUUGGUAUUGUGAAAACUUACCUUGGGAGACCAUGGAAAGAGUAUUCAAGAACUGUUGUUAUGCAAUCUUUGUUGGAGAAUUUGAUAGAGCCAAGUGGUUGGUCUAUAUGGAGUGGUGAUUUUGCACUCUCUACUUUGUAUUAUGCAGAGUAUGAUAACAGAGGAGCUGGUGCAAAUACUUCUAAUAGAGUUACAUGGCAAGGGUACCAUGUGAUUAAUGCUACUGAUGCUGCUAAUUUUACAGUUGAUAAUUUUCUGCAUGGGAAUGAUUGGUUGCCUCAAAUUGGAGUUCCUUAUAUUAAUUGAUGAACUUAUAGCUUUUAAUUAAAAGAACACAAGAGGCCAAUUUGAGAAUCAUUACAUAUUGAGUAAUUAAUAACUAUCCCCGGUCAUUUUUAUAAGAAACAGUCGACUUUUUAGGUUUGUUGAAUAACUGAUAUAUCUGACCUGAUCAGAUACAUUAGUUAUUUAAUCAAUCUAAAAAUUUAA